CCUAAGCGAAGGAAAGCUAAUUCAUAGAGAAAACGAGAGAGAAUAUGCUAUAAGCUUAGAAUCUUCAAUCUUCAUCUUGUAGGCGAUGUUCUUCAAGCUUUAAUGGUGAUUUUGAUCCUCCAAAAUAGCUCAUAGUAUCCUCCUCUCUCUCUCUCUCUCUCUCUCUCUCUAGAAUCGCCUCUUGGGUGUUUUGGGGUAAAAAAAACCCAACUCUCUUUGCUCAAAAUCCGUUGUUGUCAAUUUAUACUCAUAGUAGUGCAAGGGUCACUUUUUUUGUGUUUACUUCACGGUCGUGAAUACCGCAAAAUGUUAUCUCAGCACAAAACACACUGUUUUGUGCACACUUCACGGUUUUGAUGUUAUUUUCACUCCCAGAUAGUGAAGUGUACACAACCCGCGUGAUGCACGAAGGCUGUUGGAAAUUUGCAAUCUUCGCGGUUUUGGUGUGAUUUUCACUCCAUCAGGGUGUGAACAUUACACCCCGCCCGUGAACCUUGCACAACUUCACUUUUUGGCUCGUUUACCUCUGAAUGUCUAUAAAUUCGUCCCCAACCUUCCCACACUUACUAGAACCUGAAAUGUGACAAAAGAAGCACAACCAACGUAAAUAGGUCGAGGAAUGUCGAUUACAAUGUGAAACAAUCAAGUUAUGAAGGGGUAGAACACGCAUAAAUACACCCGAAUCAAGUAGUUAAUGCUAGGACCUGAGAGUAGUACAAAGACACAAUCUAGACUAAAAUAUGAUGAGAAUGAAUAAGUUACGACCCAAAUGAUAAAAAAUUUAUCAAAAGUUGUAUUAAAAUGUUAUGAUAUGAACAUUUAAUCAUAUUUAGCACGAAAUCAACAAAAAAUUACCAAGGUGUGAUUAUUAUAACACAAAAGCACAUAAGAAAUGAAAGGCUAAUAACUCCUAUUUUAGAUUUUCUCAAUUCUCCAUCAUUCUAAAUGGUUUGACAAUUUGAUUAUAGUUCAAAAUAAAUUUGCUUAUUUCCGGUUAAUAAUUAAAAUGUUUGAAUAUUUUGUAAUAUUAAGCGUUGUUUUACAAGGAAAAAAAAGGAGUAGAUGAAGAAAAGAUAUUAAGCUCACAUGAAUAGAGAAGUAGUCCCGGCUCAAAGACACCUCAAAAUAAAAGAAUUGACAAAUACUUGUUUGUUUGGUCCCUCCUAAGCUUCCUUGUUUCCUAUCUUUCCUUCAUGCCAUCUCCAAGCACUACUCCUCAAUACAACCAAAAAAGAAAGAAAAAACAGUUACAAAAAUAAAAUAUAAUAACAGAGAAAACAUGAGUUAGUAUCAAUGAAGACAAUAGAAGAUGCAAGUGGUUUGCCUUUAUUUCACUCUAUAGUCUAUACCAUCAAAUAUUUUUCUCUCUUAUCUAUUCAUUGCCACCUGGGAGGGGAGUGCUGUGAGCUGCUAACCUAUCUGGCUUAGCCAUUAAUUGUGAUUGCUCCUUCUAAUUAUUCUUCUAAUUAACCUUGGAACCACCGAUCGGAAACCCAUCGAAAUUAAAUGGGACAGCCUAAUUAAUUAGUACCGAUUUGUUCUUGUAUCAUUAGUUUAUUAAUUCUUGUUGAUGCUUAGGAUGGCAAUGUGGCGGUAUUGGGAUGGAGUUUGUCUAAAUCAUUUUCAUCAUCGCUUUCAAAUAUACAAAUUCAUACUCGUUCAUACCUAUACGGAGAAGGUUUUGCAAAUUCAUUCCCAUACCUGUGGGUUUCGAGUAUUAGUGAGUAAGACCCGUGCCGUAUAUCCAACAUUAUAACACCUAAAAUUUUGUAUGUAAAUUUUCAAUUAUAAUACUAAAUGCACCUACUAUAUCCUGAAGUCGAUAAAUAGAUAAUCAUUUUUAACCCGGUUCAAAGCAUAUAAUUCUAAAACAUCCAUUAAUCUAUAAGAUAGAAGGUAAUGUUUUGAGGGUUUUACGCAUACUUAUAAAAUGUUUUUCGAGUUUUACCUGUACCCGCCCCAGUAAAAGCGAGAAUUUGCGACGUUGAUUAAGUAGAGGAUGGUCGGGUACCCAGAGUAAUGGUUUUGAUUGUCAUUCUCCUUGUGCUGCUGCAGGCUGCCAAAGUUACGUACUAAUUACCAGACGUACACGUGCUGUGUUGCUCCGACCUCUUGUUUCCCUCUCUGUUUCCCAACUAUUUAUGCUUCUUUCUUUGUGGUGGCUGAAAGAAAUGCUUAUUAACUAACACUCAUUGUUUGGUUCCUUUCGUAGCGUUCCGUGCAUGGAUUUCUCCUCCCAGCCCAAAUAGAGUUGUAAUCUCAAUUGCUCCACUUGUGCUUUGUUGUGAUACAGAGCGAAAGGAACAAACCAAGGAAACAGAACAGCAUUUUUUAAUUAAUGAAUAAAUAAAUCAGGACAGGACGUACACUCCCACUACCAUUCUCUUUCCGAGCAUCUUUUUCUGUCCUUUUUCAGUUGCCCUCAUAUUUUUCUUUUGCUUCUCUUCCCUUUCUCUUCUUCAGAUUUUCAGCUACCCCACAAAAGCAACUAGCUUUUGCUUUGCUGCUUCUGCAAUAAACGUAUGCUCCUCACUUCCACCUCACUCCUCCUCUCUCUCUCUCUCUCUCUCUGCAAAGAUCUUUUGUUUCUGCUCCCGGGUCUCCAAUUUCAGUGAAGUUCCCUCAGAUGGGUACUUUUAUAAUCACCUGAACAGAAACCCCAGCAAAAGAAAAAAGAAAAAAAGCACACAUUCAAGGGAGUGGUGGGGGCUUCUCUGUUUCCCACCUAUUUCAUUACCUUACUAUUUCCUGCUCUUGUAAGGAACUGAAUUCAUCAAUCAUAAAUCCAUGGAGGAAGAUGAUCAGCACCGUCAUCAUCCUCAAUCGAAACAUGUGUGCAAAUUUUGCCGCAAGAGCUUCCCUUGUGGGAGAUCUCUGGGUGGUCACAUGAGGUCUCAUAUGAUUAACGAUGUCUCCGCUCAAACUGAUGGCACUCUCAUCACCAGAAAGAAGCUUCCUUCCCUUCCUACUGCCAUUGGCAAUGAUGGAAUGAUGGCGAAUGCAGAACAAGGCACAGGAUUGCACCGCGAAAAUCAGAAGAGUAAAGGUCCAGCAGCAGCAGCUUCCUCGCACCAUGAUGGCCUCGUUGGCGACAAGCUGUGCAAAGAGUGUGGGAAAAGUUACCAGUCAUGGAAGGCCUUGUUUGACCACAUCAAGCUCCAUCAUCACCGCCAUCACCAUUCCUCCAACAAACAAGCAGAAGAGCAGGAGGAUGGUAUUGAUCAUGAGGUUUCGGAUUCAGAUUCCGAUUCGGAUUCUUGGGACAAUUGUGCUAAUAACAACAUGAUGAUGCUGAACCAGAAGCUGGUGAAGGACAGCCAAUCUGACAACGAGACGACCCUGAAUAGAAAGAAGAGAUCUAAGAGGAGAUCGACCAGGCAAUUGGGGAUCGUUGCUGCUGCGAAUUCUUCUUCCUUUUCUGCAGUUUCAGGGGUGGAGCAAGAACAAGAAGAAGUUGCUUUAUGCCUCAUGUUGCUUUCCAGAGACGUUCGCCAAAACUGGCCUUCUUCUUCUCCUGCUGCUGCUGCCGCCGAAUCUUUAGACAACAAUUCGCUCUUCUCGGAAUCUGCUAACAAGUUCAGCUCUCUCUACAAUGUCAAUGGGACUCAUGAAUCAACAAUCCCUGCCCCACCAGCCAAGCUCAAAGGUAUUGUGGUUAUGAAAUCAGAAUUGUCUGCUUCCCUGCCUCCAACUGAAUCACCAGCUAACGGCGGGAAGAGGAAGAAGAGGCAGCAAGAUUUGCUAAAGGGGGAUGUUGGUUGGGACCCAGAAGUAGAUAUCAACAGCAAAUUUGAGUGCCAUACUUGCAAUAAGGCUUUCCACUCAUACCAAGCAUUGGGAGGCCACAGAGCAAGCCACAAGAAGAUCAAAGGCUGUUUUGCUUCCAAUUUUGACAUCCCCACCACCGAUGAGACAACCAUCGUCACUGAUAACGAAUUGUUAUCUACUGAUCAAUCUCCCACCAUUAACAAGCAACCUCAUCAACUACUACCGGUUGUUUCUUCUCCAGAUCCUCCACCUGGAACAACUAAGCUCGUUGCCACGAAAUCGAUCAAGCACGAGCUCCUUGCCACUAAAAUCUCGCCCAGUCCUACUCCGAAUGUAGCGAGUGGAUCAGGAAGGAAGAAGGGAAGUAACAACAACAACAACAACCAUGGACGCACGAUACAUGAGUGCCCCAUUUGUCUGAAAGUGUUUUCAUCAGGACAGGCCCUUGGUGGCCAUAAGAGGUCUCAUUUGGUUGGUAGCAGUGAGGGUAAAGCAGCCAAUAAUGUUCCAAUGGCUACACUAACAGAAACUGCAGAUGGUGCUGGUAAGAUUCCUACCAUGAAGGAUUUCUUGGAUCUCAAUCUUCCUGCUCCAGUAGAUGAAGAGAGUGAGAACAACAAAAGUAUCAGUAACAUUAAUGAUGUGGUGGGAUUCAAUCCAUGGUGGAGCGGUGGAACUAGUCACCAGCAUGAGCAGCAGCCACUUGUGGGUUUGAUCUCUAACUUAUGAAAACAGAAUUUUCGCCCAACAACAUCAGAGGAAGACCACUACUACUCUACACUGAGGAAAGUCAUCAAUGAGUGUACAGAUUCAUUCAUUCUUUUACAGCUACAGGGUUAUUUUUGAAGUCACCUAUACCCCCAAAUCAAAAUAAUGGUAAUUAAUAUAUACUUGCUCCUCUCCUCCUCAAAAAGUCAAAACACUCUUUCUCUUUUACUUCCUUGGUUUUCUGCCAUUGUUAUUUCUCUUUUGUUCUUCUUUUUUUGCUCCAACACACAAUUUUUGGUCAUAGGAAAGCAGACAAAAAAUGAAGUUCAACUUCACUCUCUCAUCUUUUUUGUUUUUUUUUUUUUUUCCUUUCUUGUUGCAAAAACUCCAAUACUGUAACUUCUUUAGUCAACUCCAAUGCUGUAAUUGAAAUGUCGAAGGAAGUAACUUUAUUUACUUGUUUAUUCUCUUACAUUGAUCACACCAAUGAGAGACAGGGCAAACCCCACUAGUUAACAUUUUCUUGCCACCAAGGGACAAAAGAAUAAAUGAAAAAGGAAAAC